CACAUCUCUGGUUGGGACCCAUACCACUCAGGAGAGCCUCAAAGGGCUCUCUCUCGUUUACACCCACACACCCUUCCUGCCAUUCCCCCAAUCCCCCAAAGGCGCAGGCGGUGGGCGGCGUGGGAUCGGAUCUCGCUCCUCCAGGCAUGUCUUUCUCCGGCGCCGGCGUCGGCAGUAGGUUCAUGGCUUUCUCUCCCUCACCGUCAGCUCUUCACUCGCCUCAUCUUUCCGGUCUUCGCUCUGCCGCCGCCUCCUCUGCUCUCCUCGAGCAAGAGAAAUAUUUAUCUGAGUUACUGGAAGAACGUCAUCAUCUUAGUCCUUUCACGGCUGUGCUUCCCCUCACCUACAGAUUGUUAAGCCAAGAAAUUUUGCGUGUAACCACUCUGUUGGGGAAUGCAUCAGUUUUAGGUCAAAGUGGGCUUGAACAUGGUAGCCCCCUGGCUUCUGGAGGAUUAUUUUCAAAUGGAGGUGCCGAUAUGAAUGGAUGUGCAUCACGAUUUCAAUCAGAAGUCCCAGGCUUGUUACAGUCAUCAUCAGCUCAAAAUUGGCUUAGUUCACAAAGUAGCUCAUCUGGUCUUAUUGUUAAAAGGACAAUCAGAGUUGAGAUACCUGUGGAAAAGUAUCCUCAUGUAUGGUAUAACUUUGUUGGCCGACUCCUAGGCCCAAGGGGGAACUCGCUGAAGCGUGUAGAGGCUAAUACAGAGUGUCGAGUUUUGAUCAGAGGACGUGGUAGCAUUAAGGAUCCAGCUAGAGAAGAAAUGAUGAGAGGGAAACCUGGGUAUGAGCAUCUGAAUGAACCUCUGCAUAUUCUAGUUGAGGCAGAAUUACCCGUUGAAAUAAUAGAUGCUCGCCUGAUGCAGGCCCGUGAAAUACUUGAGGAUUUGCUUAAGCCUGUGGAUGAAUCUCAUGAUUUUUACAAGAAACAGCAGCUUCGGGAAUUGGCGAUGCUCAAUGGCACGCUUCGUGAGGAAGGUUCUCCUAUGUCUGGGUCUGUAUCACCAUUCCACAACAGCCUUGGCAUGAAGAGAGCUAAGACCAGGGGGUAAUUCAAUCAAGGAUGAGAGGCUUUGGGAGCUUAUAAGUUAAUUUCUGCAAGUAAAUAACACUUGCCGAGUCACAGGUGUUGCUGUGUCAACCAGUGCUCUGAACCACCGUCGGGGCACUGGCAACAUAGCGCCAGUUCUAGCUUGUUUCUAUGUGCUUUGUGUUUAUAUUCUGUUUGGGGGAAAGUUUAAAAAUGUUAGCACGUAGGAAAGGUCCAAAUGAGUUUGGGGUUUUCCGUUUAUUUUUAUUGUGUCACUUAGCAGUUUGGUUGGAUAUCUAAUCCAGCCUGUCUAUAUAAUAUAUUAGGUUAUCUACUAGACUUGCUAUGGCAGUUUUGGUAUGUUGGUGGAAUUCUUUGUGAGGAACGUGAUGUGUAUGGUUUGUACCAAAAACAUGAGGCAGAUAAUGAUCCUACCCUAAUGCGUGAUGUAUGGGUGACAUUUUGUAAUAUGGAAUGUAGAUUAUAGAUUUGUGAAAUGUAUUCUUUGUUCAUGGUAAA